UACGAGGCAUCACAGAUCACAACACACGCGUUUAGGUGAAGUGCGCAAUGGAGAGGUCCGUCAGAUCCGUGCUGGUGUUCGUGGCUGUUUCCAUCCUCAUCUCGAGCCAUCCUACAGACGCCUGGUACAAGCAGUCCACCGGGCCGAGCUACUAUUCCGUCGGGAGAGCCUCGGGUUUGCUGUCCGGGAUCUCUAUAUAUGCCAUCUGCGUAAAGGACGUUUCUCCAAACCUACAGAGCUGCGAGCUGGUUGAGGACGGUUCGAGCACAUUUCGGUGCAAAGCAGACGUGUUUCUCUCGCUCGAUUCGCUGGACUGCUUCUCCUCCUGAGCGGAACCCGUCUCUCUCCCUCCCGACCCGAACAUCUCUUCCAUUUCAGGAGUAUUUACAGCCAAGGCAGGGAGGCGCGCUGUUGACAUUGAAUGUUUACUUGAUUUACACCAGGGAUGUUCAGCGCUGCUCCUGAAGAUAUGCUUUCCUGCAAAGUUUAGUUCUGUAUCAAUAAUAAUCAUUUUCAUUCUGAUUGAUAUUGUAAAUCCAUCCAACUUAUUGAGGUCUGUGAAUGUGCGAGACUUUCCAUUCAUUAGUCGCUAUAGGUAAAUACCAGGAACGGCCCGGGAAGAAUAAAAAAAAGUGCAGUAAACGGUAAAAACGUUUUGCGAUACAAACCCAUAUGUUUAUAAUUACGAUACUGCAUUAAAAUAAUAUGAUAAGAUAUGCAAGUUUUCAAUAUCAAGCAGCAUAACUAGCUGUUGUACC